CGCGCUUUUUCCGCACGCACCCAAGACCCAACCAAGGGACUAGAAUUAAUUCUCUCUCCAUUUCUCCGACUAGCGAACUCAUCAGUGCAGUGGAACCAUUUCCGCAGCUCCAAGUGGUCUGUUUGCUGAUUUCUCUCAUGUCGGUUCAAAUCUUUCUGCUGUAUAUAGUAGUCGCAGGAGGAGCUUUAUUAGUAUAAUGCAGAGGAUCCUCUCAUCUUCUCGUACUCUCGCCCUCCCUUUCUCUUCUUCUGCUUCCCCUUCCUCUUCCAGAGCCUUCUGCCGCAACUCCUUCCACUUCUUUCCCUCCUCCUGCGCAGCCCUAUCUCGCUCUCUUACUCCUUCUUCUCCGCUUCACUCCAUCAUGCCUCAGAGAAGAGGUGCACAGAAGGGACAGACAUGGAAACCAAAGACUCAGGGUGAUAAGUCCUCAUCAGCAGCUGUUGAUGAAGCGGUCACCAGUGGAAUUGCCGGUCUUAAUAUAGCUGAAACCAAUGGCCAGCCUCAUGCUCAAUCGUCACGACUGCAGUCUGGGAAUGUGCAAGUCGUUAACCAGGGUGUUGUGCCAGGGAAAAAGGCUGUGUGGAAACCCAAGGCUUAUGGAACUGUCAGUGGAGUUGAUGGUGCGUCUGCCCAAAAGACAGUGGCUGAUGGCCACAGAGUUGCUGUAGCUGAGAAGGCAUCGUCUCCCAGAACUAGUGCUGCUUUAAGCCAAUUGUUUAAGGCCAACGUGUUGGAGAACUUUACGGUGGACAACUCGACUUACUCCCGCAGUCAAAUCAGAGCCACUUUUUAUCCCAAAUUUGAGAAUGAGAAAUCUGAUCAAGAGAUUAGGACAAGGAUGAUAGAGAUGGUUUCCAAAGGAUUGGCUAACAUGGAGGUUACUCUCAAACAUUCUGGCUCACUUUUCAUGUACGCUGGCAAUAAGGGGGGAGCAUAUGCCAAAAAUAGCUUUGGGAAUAUAUACACUGCCGUUGGUGUCUUUGUUCUUGGACGAACAUUUCAGGAAGCUUGGGGAACUGCAGCUGCUAAAAAGCAAGUCGAGUUCAAUGAUUUUCUUGAGAGACAUAAUAUGUGCAUAUCAAUGGAGCUCGUAACUGCUGUUUUAGGAGAUCACGGGCAGCGGCCCAAUGAAGACUACGUGGUGGUGACUGCGGUUACAGAACUGGGCAAUCGGAAGCCAAAGUUCUACUCAACUCCUGAAGUCAUUGCUUUCUGUAGAAAAUGGCGCCUCCCAACAAAUCAUAUCUGGUUGUUUUCAACAAGGAAAUCUGCGACGUCUUUUUUCGCCGCCUUCGAUGCACUUUGUGAAGAAGGAACAGCAACUACUGUAUGCAGGGCCCUUGAUGAAGUUGCUGAUAUAUCUGUGCCAGGUUCACAAGACCACAUAAAGGCACAAGGUGAAAUCUUGGAGGGUCUAGUGGCUCGUAUCGUACCUCAUGAGAGCUCAAAGCAUAUAGAGGAGGUCUUGAAAGAAAAUCCUCUUCCAGCAGCAGAUGGAGCUGGCAUUGAUUUGGGACCAAGCCUGCGGGAAAUUUGCGCUGCAAAUAGAUCGGAUGAGCAACAGGUUGACCUUGUGUCUCUGCAAGACACGAUGCCAACAGAUAGGAUUGUGGUUCUUCAAGGGAGCUAUUCGGGAAGGGAUCUGCAGGAGAAGUGCUGGUUCGGCUAA